AGAAGAGAAAGCUAAGGUGUGGCCGGUCGUUUUUAUACCUUCCCGCGCGGGCGCUGCCAACGGAAGGCGGGCGGGGCAGCGCGAGACUCCGCGGUCAUGAAGGUGAAGAUUAAGUGCUGGAAUGGUGUGGCCACUUGGCUCUGGGUGGCCAACGACGAGAACUGUGGCAUCUGCCGGAUGGCCUUUAAUGGAUGCUGCCCGGACUGCAAGGUCCCGGGUGACGAUUGCCCCCUGGUGUGGGGCCAGUUCUCCCACUGCUUCCACAUGCACUGCAUCCUCAAGUGGCUCAACGCGCAGCAGGUGCAGCAGCAUUGUCCCAUGUGCCGCCAGGAGUGGAAGUUCAAGGAGUGAGGCAUCCCCCAACCCCCAGCCGUGGGCUGGCCGGCCGUGCUCUCCCCUGGGAUGGCCCCCCUCUGGGCGGUGACAGGGUUGACACAAGG